AUGAAGAUGAAUGAGGAAGAAUGUCUCCAGACUUGCUGCGUGGAACGCGAUUGCACUUAUGUGCAGUAUGGCCUGAGUCUGUGCACUAUUUUCAAAGAAGGUAAUGAAGUUCAAAGUGGAAUCAACAUGGUGUACUUUGUUGAUCGCCAGCUUGUAUUCCCCCAGUGCUCAUUAUCCAUUGCUUCAACGGCUGAAUUUCAAACAAAUCCGCGACUGAAAGACGGCGCGAUUGAGAUGGAGGCACUUACUGAGCUCAACGACACUGCCUAUAGCAUUGUCUAUCAAUUCGACAAAGACAAUUCUUUUUAUUUUUCACAAGAUGCUCCACUGGAUAGUGACCCUCCUCUGAACGCUUACUAUUUUGCCAAGUAUUCGCUGCCAAACUGUGUUUCAGUUCCUGUCUUUACAGAUGAAAAUGCAAGGAAGUUAUAUCUCGGUGAUACUUAUAACGACACAGGCUAUAACUUUAUGAACGCGUAUGCAUUCACAGACAAAUGUGUCGAUACUUUGCAGGAAAGCUACUAUUGCGUUCCUCUGUCAGAGAACAGUGCUGUUGGCUUUACUUCAACUGGCAUCGAAAUCGAAGCAAAUCUAACGUUAUAUCUGGCAGAUAUCAUCACUCAAGCCGGAGACUACAUGUCCGACUUCUAUGACUGUUCUAAAUCCUAG